CUGCGGCCCUCCGAGCACCGACCAUAGAGCGCUCAGACCUCCAGGAUUCCUAGAGAGCUUCCGGAAGUGCCUUCGGGGCAAGAUGCGCCUUGGCCCGUGUUGUGCCGCGGCGGGCUGGGCAGCUGGGGCUGGCGGGGCUGGGCCCGUUCCCGCCGCGGCCCGUUGUCCUUGUCCUCGCUCCGGGCCUGGCCGCGCAUCGCAGCCGCCCGGCGCCGCCGUGGACACUCGCGGGUUCUCAAGAAGGUGGUAGAAACAGGCCUCUUAGCUUUCCUGGCGCUCAAUGGCUUCAGAAUCGAGAAAUUCCUCGGUCCCUUUCCCACCAGGCCAUGCCCCUGAAGAGGACCUGAUAAUCGUCAAAGUAGAGGAAGAUCCUGGAUGGGACCAGGAAUCUGGUCUGCACGAAAAUAACCCUCCGGGCCAAGAGCACUUCCGCCUGUGCUUCAGGAAGCUGUGCUACCAGGAGACGCCCGGCCCCCGGGAGGCUCUGAUCCAGCUCCGGGCACUUUGCCACCAGUGGCUGCGGCCAGACUUGAACACCAAGGAGCAGAUGCUGGAGCUGCUGGUGCUGGAGCAGUUCCUCACCAUCCUGCCCGCCGAGCUGCAGGCGCUGGUGACCGAGCACCAGCUGGAGGGUGCAGAAGAGGUGGUGACUCUGCUGGAAGACUUGGAGCGGCAGAUUGAUAUCCUCGGACGGCCUGUGAGUAGCGGAGUGGCGCAGAGGCCCGGAAACGCGGGGAGGGGCGUUGGCCCUUCAGAGGGAGCAGAACUGCUGAGCACCAGUUCCUGUUGCAUGAAGGUCCCAGCUCUCGCACACAGACACGGGAUGCUCUGGGAGGAAGGCCCAGAACCUCAGGGGCCACAGCACCAACCUGCGGCGACACAGCAGGACUCUCCCGCUCUCCGAGGACCUCAAGGGAGAGCCAUACCUGCUCCUCAGAGUUCUACCUCUCCCCAGAAAAGGACUCCCGGAGACCAGGAGGUGACAGCUACACUUCUUACAGCAGGAUUCCAAACUUUAGAGAAGAUUGAAGACAUGGCUGUGUCCCUGAUUCAAGAGGAAUGGCUUCUUGAUCCGCCACAGAAGUCUCUGAACAGAGAUGGCAGACCAGAGAAUCACAGAAGCAUGUUCUCCCUGGGUGGUGAGGCCAGGAAUGAGAACAGGGAGAUGGCAUCAAAACAGGUAAUAGCUGCCGGAAUCCAGCCACCUGGAGGGACAGCUGCCAACUGCAAUGGGGAUCUUGUCAGGGGUCUUGAGCACGGAGAAGCCCCCGGCCUUCUGAGCAAAGCCGAGAAGCAGCAGGGAGACCCCGCCCAGGAGAGACGGCAUAAAUGUGAUGAAUGUGGGAAAACCUUUGCCCAGAGCUCAGGCCUCGUCCGCCACUGGAGAAUCCACACUGGGGAGAAGCCCUACCAGUGCAGCGUGUGCGGGAAAGCCUUCAGUUACAGGUCGGCCCUGCUGUCCCAUCAGGAUAUUCACAACAAAGUCAAGCGUUACCACUGCAAGGAGUGCGGGAAGGCCUUCAGCCAGAACACGGGCCUGAUCCUGCACCAGAGAAUCCACACUGGGGAGAAGCCGUACCAGUGCAGUCAGUGUGGGAAGGCGUUCAGCCAGAGCGCAGGCCUCAUCCUGCACCAGCGGAUCCACAGUGGGGAGCGGCCGUAUGAAUGUAGCGAGUGUGGGAAGGCCUUCAGUCAUAGCUCGCACCUCAUUGGCCACCAGAGAAUCCACACAGGGGAGAAGCCCUAUGAGUGCGAUGAGUGUGGGAAAACCUUCAGGCGGAGCUCACACCUCAUUGGCCACCAGAGAAGCCACACCGGGGAGAAGCCCUACAAAUGCACGGAGUGUGGGAGGGCCUUCAGUCAGAAGUCAGGCCUCAUUGAGCAUCAGCGAAUCCACACGGGAGAAAGACCUUACAAAUGUAAAGAGUGUGGGAAAGCGUUCAAUGGCAACACCGGCCUCAUUCAGCACCUGAGGAUUCACACAGGGGAGAAGCCCUAUCAGUGCAACGAGUGUGGCAAAGCCUUCAUUCAGAGGUCCAGUCUCAUUCGGCAUCAGAGAAUCCAUAGUGGAGAGAAAUCCGCACCCAUAGUCGUGUAGUGGAAAAGCUUCGGCUGUCCUUGGGCGUUACUCAACACACCCGGCGCGGGCCGGUGAGAAGGCUUUUUUCAGUGAAGUGAAAAUGCAGAAAGAUCGUCACCAUUCCAACCUUGUCUAGUGUCACAGGCAGCCUCUGUCACAGUUAGACUAGCGAGGCGGUAGUUUGGGCCCCAGGGUGCUUACCAAGAGUCUCGUGAGGCAGAGUAGAGGGAGAGCGCUCCUGUUGCUGUUUAGAAUAGCCUUAGACCACGUUGCUCACUGGGGCUCGGGGCACUUGGGUUCGUAUUCGCAGUGAGUCUCGCUGCAGAUCUGAGAGGGGCUUCUCAUUCCCUGCUCCUCCCCCUCUCCUGCGAGUUGUCUCCCGUUUACCUCCGUGGCGGGGCGUGUGCUCCUGAUCCGAUCAUAGAAGUUGCUGUAGAGUUUGGAGCGGCCUCUGCGUGAGACACUUGGAUUUCGCUUCCUGGGAUCCUAGCGCAAGGGAGUCUCCACACAACGUGUUGACGCUGAAGCGUGCGUUUCCCUUGAAUACCCCUAGAGUCGGUGGCAAUCCCUGAUCCCGCACAGACUCGAGUGCAGUAUCUUCAACAGCAGCCCUGCGUUUUUCUCCACUUACCACAUUCACUGACCCCCCUGAGCCAUUGAGCCUCCUUAUGUGUCCUUCAGCAUCCCAGUCCCAGAAGCUGCGUCAGCAGAGAAAGUGGCUGUGUUCACGGUGAUUGCGGGAAUGAUGCAGAGAAUGAGUGCAGACGCGGCCUAGCCACUCCUGCGCGCGCUUAGGCCUUUCAGUGGCUUCUGGUCUCCUUUCCGCUGGCCAGCUGGACUCUGGCACAGGAGGGGUCUCCACUGGGUCAGGCAGCACGCGUGAGGAAUUGGAUACAGGGUGCUUUAAGACGUCAUCAGAAUGCCUUCCGGAGAGCAGGCACGCCCAUUCGGGGCCUGAGCCUCAGCUUUCCCUCCCUCUAAGCGGUCUGUCAGUCUGCUCAUCUCCAUCGAUGACUUCAGCACUUCCCUUGCAUUCUCCAUCCGUGUCCUGCUGGCCACUCAGGUAGCUGUAAUACCCACAGUCCUAAUCUGCUCAGCCCCUCACAACUCCUCAUUCUCCGAAUUCUGGUCCACUACAUUUGUAAUCCAGCGAAGACCCCACAUUCAGCUCAGCCUCACCAGGUCCCAUAGUUCAUAUUUGAGAUUGCAGAAUCCCAGGACACGUCUGAUGAGUCUGGCUUGCAGUAACUCACCGCGGUUUACCUACCUAAACACGGGCUGUUUUUGCGGUUGGUCGUUUCUAGCUCGUGCCACUGCUCCAGGAAUGCUGCCGUUGCUGUCGCUGCCACAGACACCGAGGCUGCUCUCUGAAGUAUCAGGUCAUUCAGCAGAGAAGAAACCAUGGUGGCUCACAUCUCAGCCUCGCCAUUCGGCUGCCCACUUGUAACCCUUGGUCUGCGUAACCAUUUGCUUCAUUUCAACAUCAGCUUUCAAAGGCGAAGUUGAUUCUGGCCUAGGAAUGUGAUGUAUAUUUUUAUAGGAAACUCCAAGAGCAGUUGCACACCUUCACACUGUGACUGUCCCCAGAGGCACACACUGAGAUGAUUCUAUGAUGUUUUUAAAGUAACCCCCCAAGUACUUUGCCGGGGGGUUGGGGGUGCUCACACCUCUCGGUGCUCAGGGCUGCGUCUGGCUCUGGGACCAUGGGGUGCCUGGGAUAGAACCUGAGCCCCCCCCCAUAUGCCAGGCGUGGGCUCAGCCCAUUGAGCUGUCUCCAGCAUUUAGGGGCCGACCUUCUGGAUCGUAAUUUCCCUCCCUCUUUCGAAUAUCCCUUCUCUACCCCUUUGUCGGGUAUGUCAGUGCCCUCUGUGUAAUCCUCAUCAACGACAUCAAGAUUAUCUCUCCCCUUUUCCCUGAGCCAUUCUGUCCUUGUCAUCCUGCCCACCUGUCAUUGUCAUCCUGGUUUCCUUGCUUUACUUUUCCAGUCUUUCCAGUGUGCCUUUUUUUUUUCUUAUUCACAUCGUGUGCCCCUCCCCUAGGUGUAUAGAUUCUCACUUUAAUUCCCUUAAACUAGAAACAAAUUUGGUUGUCUCUGGAUCUUGCUCCCUGCUUCUGUCAUUUCUUCCUGUCUGUCACAUGCUGAUCCUGCCCAAGCAGCACCGUGUCUGGACAUUACACAUGUCCCUGUACCAAUGUGGGCAGCACACUUAAAUAAGUCCAGGCCUGCCAGCUGACAGCUUCAUAGCCAGAAUAUUUAAAUCUCAGAAUUACUAAGAUCAAGCAAGUAGAAGAAUAUAUGACCAGUGUGGGGGCCGGAGCAAUACUACAGAAGGAAGAAUGUUUGCUUUGUAUGUGACCAACCCAGGUGUGAUCCCCAGCACCCCAUAUGGUCCCCUGAGCACAGCCAGGAGUGAUCCCUGAGUAGGACCUGGAGUAAGCCCUGAGCAGCGCCAGGUGUGGUCCAAAAGCAAAUAUACACACGACCAGUUACUUUAGGAUGAAAGUGAGAAGAGAUUGAACUGAACAAACUCAUGGCUGGUGCAGCACUCUUGUGCAAGCAUCCAAGUCACAUAAACUGUAGAACAGGAAAAAUAUAACAGGAGAGUUGGUUUUGGAGGGCAAUAGAUGUCCGUUCUUGGUCAACAGUUUUCUUAGCUUUAGAAUAUUGUUGAUGAGCCUUAGGACCCUCCUAACUGCAACGUUUGCACAACGCUUCUUUAUCCUGCAGGUUCUGUUUUUAUGUUCGUUGGGGGGUGGGUGGGGAGGAGCGCACACCUGCCUGUGCUUAGGACUUAUUCCUGGCUCUGAACUCAGGGCUCAUUCCUGGUGGGCCCUGGGUGACCAUAUAGGAUGCUGGGGAUCAAACCAGGGCCAGCGAUGUGUGUGUAAAGCAAGCUCUGCCCGCUGUCCUCUCUAGCCCACAGGUCCCGUGUGGCUGUUCUCACUCUGAAGUGAAACGUUCAGUGCAUUUUUAUCCCAGCUUUCAGCCUCUUGGAUCCAAAGCUGAUGGGUUCCGGUGGUUCUUCCGUAGCUGUUGCCAUGCUACGUAAUGGGGCACGUGAGGUGUCAAAGGUUUCACCAAGCAGCCCAGUGGCAGUGCUGGAAUGUUAGUUGGCUCCCAGAGGGAGCAGUUCUUGCUUUACUCUUAGUUCUGUGGUUCUAGAGCAUAAUCAUUGACAUCUACUGAGCACUCACUGUGUGCCAGACCCUUAAGCGUUUCUCACGCUUGUGAGAGCUCUUCAGAGGAAAGCAGGCUUAGGCAGCUGAAGUUGAUGUUGAUGUGAGGACCACUCAGUCUCCUGCCCACUUCCAGCUGCGGUGCUGUUCUCCCCUGGCGUUGCCAGGCUUGCAAACAAGAUGUCUAUUGUUCAGCCCUAGUUCCUCACAAGCUGUUCGCAGGAGUAACACAGUGAAAGUGAUGCAGCUUUUACUCUGCUCCUCCAGCCCAUACUAACACUGUCGCCCUCCAACAAACAGCCCUGGCCAGCUGUUUGAAAAGAACACAUAAGGAGGUCAUAAGAGGCCUCCGGGAACGGGACUGGAAGAUACUGUAAAUCCAUGAAAUUUGGUUGCAGAUCCCAUUUUGGUUUGUAGUUGCAUUUGCUUGCAGGUACCAUUUUGGUUUAUAGUUACAUCAACUUCCGAUGUUGAUACUUUUUAUACUGAUGCUUUGUAGAGGAAAAGAACUAAAUCAUGCAUGUGGAACACAUCUAAGAGAGGAACUGGGAGGAUAAUGACAGAUUCAAAUGCCUUUCUCGCUACACUGUCCCAAGAAAAUUAGAAUCAUGAAGACAAAUAAAAUAUCCAUAGAGCAGGGUAGCAGCUGGCCAGUUAGAAUGACAGCACUGAGCUGGUUCUUCUCCAGCGUGAAAUGUGAGGACCACUCAGUCUCCUGCCCACUUCCAGCUGCGGUGCUGUUCUCCCCUGGCGUUGCCGGGCUUGCAAACAAGAUGUCUGUUGUUCAGCCCCAGUUCCUCACAAGCUGUUAUUAAAAAUACUGGCUACUGUCUCUGGCACACCAGUGAAGUGCCCUCCAAUCAUCCAUAAAUAUCGAGACCUUGCCAUAUUCUUGCCCUCCUUCCUGUGUUUCAUUCAGACUCUUGUAUUUGCCCUACAUCUCAGGAAUUGUCUUCUUUUGACCUAUGAGACUUUUUGCCUUAUUUCUAGCUUUUCUGUAUUGGUCGUUUUUUUCCCUCUGAUGAUCCUCAUGUCCUCAUUUUAAUCACCCUUUUCCCCCUGAGCUCUUGCAUAUAUACAUAUUUUAUCAUUUACACUCGUUUAGAAACUUGAUACUUUUUUCCCAUCCUCUGGUCAUCUUUUGACUUGUGGGCGUCUUCUACAAAACUCAAUCUGGAAACAGCCCUCAGAACUUCCAGCCCCAUUGUUCUUUUAAUUUAUUUAUUUAAUUUUUUCCCCUUUUGGGGUCACACCCAGCGAUGCUCAGGGGUUACUCCUGGCUUUGCACUCAGGAAUUACUCCUGGCAGUGAUUGGGGGACCAUAUGGGGUGCUGGGAAUCAAAUCCGGGUCAGCAGCAUGCAAAGCAAACGCCCUGCCUGCUGUGCUAUCACUCCAGCCCCUCAGCCCCGUUCUUACCAAUAAGUUCUGUUGUUUACCUGUCCCUGCUGCCAACUCACUGCAUUGUCUUAGCCCAGUUUGGAGUGGUCUUUCCAUCCUUCCCUCAUCACGUCAUUCCAAAAUUGUUCCAAGCUGUCCGUCUGCUGCAAGCUGGAUCUUACACUUCUGCCAUUUCUCUGGAAACUUGCUAUGCAGAUCCCAACCCCGGGGCUCCCCGCUCUCUCUAGAUCCCCAUCUCGAUGCUUUCAAGAUGACCUUCCUAGGGUGCCAUCAGUCUCCCUGGGUCCAGCACCUCACCCUCCCUGUUCCACAACCCCCCCACCUGCCUGUUGCCUUUCCUGGCCAACGCCAUGCCCCCUCCUCGGUGCCUUUGUCUGCUUUUCAGACCACUCUGCGCCCCCGCCCCCCGCACCUGGCUUCCUGCACGCCUCCUGAGUGAACCCCAGAGGCCACCCCAGCUUCAUGCUGCCCCAGCACUUUGUGUUUGUACUGUGCCCCGAACCUUUUGCUACUACAUUGCUUUGCGAUUAUUUUUUUGCACUCUGCAUUGUAGUUCCACAUUUGUAUUUAUUUCCAAGAUUAAAUUGUAAGCUCCUUGGGGGCAGGAAUAACGGUCGUGUCUCUACACCCCUUAGUGCCUAGUACAGUGCUGAGCACACAGUAGGCAUUUAAUAAAUGUUUGUCAAAUCGUUGUGUGUUACUGGUGGUAUACAUUAUAUACAUAUGUAUGUGUGUAUAUGUGUCUCUAUAUAUAUAUAUAUAUGUGUGUGUGUGUGUCUGUGUCUGUGUGUGUGUAUUUGCUGUGCCAGGGAUUGAACCCAGGUCCUCACAGGUUCUGCCACUGAGCCACAUUCCUGGCCCAUUAUAGAAAGAUUUUCUACCACUUGUACACAGACCUUUUCCAUAGGUCCUGAGUAAAUGCCCAAGGUAAAGAGCCCUACCCUCCAAGUCUAACUCAAGAGGGGUUGUAGAAAGUUAAAAUACAAACCUUCUAUUCCAUCCUUUUGGCCAGCUUUGUUGGAUAAUAGCAUAGGGAACUGCAGAUAUUCUUGUGUUAAAAUUACCAUUUCAAACGUGCUUGAGAGCAGCUUUUUGUAUCCAUAUGAGAUGGGUUGGAAGCUGAUGGAGGUGUUCAGAUGUGCCAUGAGUGGAUGGCUGGGAUGAUGCUGGCAUCUCGUGGGUAGAAGCAAGGCGUGUUGCUACACAUCUGCCCACAAUGGCCCCAUGACAAGAAAUGCUUUGUGGGGCUGAGACUGAAGAGCCCUGGUCUAACAAGAAUUACUAGCGCCAAACUUUCAGCAAAUCCUGAGAGGGUGUGUAGAUGUCUUAUAGUACAUAAGAAAAAGCUUUAAUGUUGGAAUUGGCAGCAGCGUACAUGUCAGGGUGAUGGUGAAGAAUGGCUGAUUUCAGUAUCCCAACUACAUCCUUAUACUACUGUAUUUUGGUUCUGCGCAUAGAGUCAAAGAUUGGACACUGGGAAGAAGAAGGUUGUCCCUUUAAAAGGAAUCCUGUAGCAUAUCAAAGAUUUUUGGCUCUAGGGGAAAGCCGGGAGGGGGGGAAGGUAGAUUUUUUACUUUAGGGAAAUGACCCGUGACACUCAGCUUUGUUGGGCAGCCAGUAGACAGAAAUAAUAACUCCCCAAGGAAACCACAAGCCAGAGUACUUUUCGUACUCUGUACAAAGUAUGAAGUACGAUUCCAUAUCGUACUUUGCCAGAUAAAAAUAGGGGGAGGAAAAGUGAUUUCUAUUUUUCUUAAAACCUGUUUUAUUUAAAAAGCAAAAAACUGAUUCAUAGUUCAGUGGUACUUAAACAGAUUUAAAAGGAACAACCCUAGACUUGAUCGAUUUUGAUAUGUAUAGGCUGAAGAACUAGACUGCUCUCGUGUUGGUCCACACCUUAAAAAUUACUUGACAUCAUUUUCUAUAUUUUCUAACCCUUCCCAUACGUGGAGCUCUGUAGUGGCUCUCGGAGCCAGAGAGAUAGUGCAGGAGGUAAGGCACUGACGUGGUUCUAAGCCCCACUCCUUUUGGUUCCCAGUACUGCCAGGAGUGAUCCCUGAGCUGUCAGGAGCAAGCCCUGAGCACUGGCUGUCAGGUGCGGUUCAAAAACAGCAAAGGCUCUUCAGGAGGGUAGGCGAAAGGAAAAAGGAAAUGCAAGACAAUUAGCAAGUGAUUUCACUCUUAGGUGAGAUCUCAUUGACCACAGCGAACACUGGCAAGAAACAGCAACGCUCGGUCCUAACUUCCAGGAAAGCUGACAGCCCCAGUGUGUGGAAGGAGCAUAGAGCUCUCUUUGGUGGGGGGCGUACAUAGCCCUGGAACUUGGUGCCUUGGUGACAAUGACACCCAUGUAGAGGUGGGAUGCUAAGCCCUUGAAAUUCCAUAUCGUAAACCAGUGAUAAGUCGCUGGAGGGGGAAAAAAGAGUAAAAAUAGAUACCAUUUGCCUUGGGAGUAAAUAGAAUCCUUGCCUUGUCCCCUCCAAACCACUGAGAGGGAAGCCUCCAAGAUCCUAGAGCGUCCCUCCCUCCGGCCCCCCCCCCCCUCCCCGCAGUGUCCCAAGGGUGCUUCCCCGGAAGUUGACCUCCGGGGCCCCGAGCUGGCCUGCCCAGGUCUGUGGGUUCGCCUGGUCACCUUUUGGGAUGGUGAGUCCUGAGCAGGAGUCUAUAUGCAGCAGAGUUUUCUAGAAGUUCAACACAGAGGAAGAUGCCCAGAGAUCAAAAUGGGAGCAUUCUUACGGACUUCGAGCUGGACAGUGUGAUGAGCUUCUGAAUCACUAACCCAAGUGAGGAAGGGGUCUGCAACACAACUUUUGUUGCAUCAAGCCUCAGAGAAUAUCGCUCUAAUAAAAGGACCUCAGACAUCUAAUAAAAUAUACCCUGAGUUUAGUCCUGUCACAGUUCAUGAUUUUAUCCUUCAUUUCCCCUCAAUAUGAAGUGAACGGGAAAGUCACUGGUCCAAAAAUAUUCCUCCUGAGUAAGGCCUAGCAUAGGGGCAUGAAUAAAGAGUGUUAGGUAAAAGCCAGGAGUAAUGCCUGAGCAUCACCAGGAGUGUGCCCCAAAAACCCCAGGGGGAAAAAGAACUGGCAGGAGGCUCUCCUGACUAAACAAGUGUUUCCAACUGGAGGAAAGCCUCCAAGUAUCCUUAACCUGCAAAGCUUUUCAGUGUAAACCCAGAUCUCAUCAGAGAAAUCAUCAUGGAGAAAAGUUACAUAAAAAUGUGGCAGGGGCAAGAGCAAUAGUACAGCAUUUGUCUUGCACACAACCAACCCGACCCAGGUUCAGUCCCUGGCAUCCCUGUGGUCCCCUGAGUCCCACCAGAUGUAAUCUCUGAGCUCAGAACUAGGAGUAAGCCCUGAGUACCACCGGGUGUGGCUCAUAAAAAAGGAUAUGGGGCCAGAAUGAUCUAAUCUGACUGGAAUUUGAAAAUCAAUAUAGUUACUGAGACAGCAUAAAUAUGAUUAUGGGGAAAUGCUGCUUAUAGCCUAAAGUGCAUAUACUCUACAGGGAAAUACUCCCCACCCAUGUACAAGAUAUGGAACAAACCCUCCUCACACCCCAUGUACAAGAUAUGGAACAAACCCUCCUCACACCCCAUGUACACAGUGCCAGUGACUUCAUGGCAAGAAAAGGCUUUAUUAGUGUAGAGUGUAGCAAACCCUUUGUUUGGGCAGAGACAAGUUUAAAUCCCCACGUGAGAAUCCACACUGGAGAAGAAUUUGAGCAUUUUUGUUCCAGUGCUUAACUAAAAAUUAGGUCAGGUGAACAUGAGCAUUUACUCAAAAGCCCUCCAAAAGUGAAGACUAUUUCGGAAGACCUCGUGUACGGAACAACUUCCAUCACAUUCAAUGAGUGACUGGGAGGAAAUCAGCGGAAGUUCAGGCCGGGAAUCUGCUACGAAUCAGGCCAGGAACCAAUCUGGGGAGGUGCCUGGCAACAACUGUAAAAUUCAACUAUGACCUAAGGGGUCUUCUCUGAGAGACAGAAUGCCCCUAGUAUUCAUUCAAUGUCAGUGAUACCAUACGAAACGAUUCCAUGAAGAUUGAUUGCUGGAAAAUCUGAAAAUGUAAAAAGCACAAAUUACUCUGUAUAACAUUGUUAGAAAACCGUUACUGUCAUUUACCAGGUGUCUUAAAACUGUUAGAGGAAAAUUCAACUUCCUUUUAUUUGGAAUUUGAUUUACCCACCUCCCCCAACCCCGCCUCUUUGACAUAUCCUAGUAUUAGAAUUUCUUGUCUUCCUUUGUCAGUAAAGAGCGCUUUGGACUGUUGGGUAAUUGCCCGAGCUUCUUAUCAGAAGACCAAUGAUAAAAGGGUCACAAUUCUUUCCUAGCUGAGUGUUAGCAUGACUCCCACCAGAUGCCACUGCCCUCCUUAAACCCUGCGAUUGUAAUCUGUGUCCCCUGUGUGUGCACAUUUCCUUCCCAGGGACUCAAAAUUCCAUCUCAAUGCCGUCCAUUUCUUUCAUACUUCGGCCAUUUCAUGUCUUAUCUUUGUGUAGUUUACACCUGCAUUCACAUUGUCUAGCUCCUACCCUUUUCCACUGACCAACCCUGUGUUUACAAGUGAUGGAAAUGUCCACUAGGGUAUCCUCCAGGAAUCUCUUACUUUCUCUAAGCUUUUGUCCCUUCUGCUCCACCACUACCAGCUUCCACAGAAACAGACCCACAACCAGUAAAAGAUGAAGGACAUUGGAGACCAUGGGAAGAGAGUGAAGCCAUGAAGACCUUCCUCUUGCUGCCUUCCUCAAGCCUGCAUUAGGUUGGCAGUAUUCCUUUUAGGAGGGAGUUGGGGCUACUUCUGGUGAUGCUCAGGCUACCUCUAGCUGUGUGUUCAGGGGUGACUCUUGGCAGUGCUUUCGAGGGCCAAAUGUGGUGCCAGGGAUUAAACCAGGCGUGGCCACAUGCAAGGUGAGUGUCUUUACCCUUGUACUCCAGCACUCCAUCUCCAGCUCCCUUAUUCCUCUUGUCUGUCAAGUAAUCAUAGUCUUUGACCAUAGCUGUGGCUUUAUCCCUGAGCCCUAGGGACAGCUUCCUCAUCUCAGCCUCAAUCUCAUACAGAUCUCUUUGUGCUAGGCAGGAGAACGUAGCUGUUACAUAUAUGAAUACUCCUACUUCAGAAUAUUAUGUCUUUCAUUAGUUAUGUGGAAAUGUGGGAGUGUGAUUAUUGUACAAUGAAUUUUCACUUCUCGUCCCUCGGAACACAAUAUGUUUCCAUGCUGAUUUGAGGCCAUUGUGAAAUAGGGACAGUAGUAGUCUUUAAGGUGCUUAAAUUUGUAUUUGUCAACUUUGCUAAGGCCCAGCUCAAUUUUCAAGUAUUUAUUAUUAAUGUGGAUAGCAAGAGACAUUCGAGAUUUAUAGGACAAGUGAAGGAGGAAUGCAGGACAUGGAGCCCUGUGGCAGCUCACAUGCCUUUGAUCUACUGACUUCCUCGUUAUAUCUUCAGCUUUUCUGGUUUCAGGGUUAAGCAUUGGUUUAGCCACGAAGGGGUCUGAAUUCUCCUAUUAGCCACCCCUCAUUAUCCAAGUUGCAGUGCCGGAGGUGCGGACAGAUGUUUUCUAUCCUGUAACUUGUCUUUGUCUCACUUUAUCUUCCAUCGUAUCUUCCCGACUUCUGCUCCGUUGAUGUCUGGCUUGAGCCAGCUCCCACAACUAUAUAAUGUCAAAUUUCUGUAACGAAUCCAUUACCUAGUGUUUCCAAUGUUUCCCUACUCCAACUAAACCUUGACUUACAUACCUUGGAUCUUGUGCUCUACCAGCAGAAGGAAUUGCCUUAAAGUCAAGAUACAUUGCUCCACCUUAGUGCUCACAAGUCAAGCAGAAGAGCAAGGACCUACUGUUAAAGUGGACUGCGGGCUGAUUAUCCCCGAAACCCUAAUACUCAGCCUAAUACAUUGUGAAUCAGCAAAAACAUAUCCACUGCCUGUGAAGAAAUCCUUAUUGCAAGUCCCUGAAUUGGUGUGAUCUGUAACAUUAUUACUACCAAUAUUACUGACAAACAAAAUGCUUUUUCCUUAACCAUUUAUAAAUUAGUAGUUUAGCAUCCUCCUGUCUAAACCAAGUGAAAUUUCAUUAUAUGGGACCAAAAGUAAGAGAUCUAGAAAAGCUAAACAUUUCAAAUGCUAUUGGUCAUUUUUGGGUUGGGGGGAUUGUUUUGUUUGGGGGGCACACCUGGCAAUGCCCAGGGGUUACUCCUGGCUGUAUACUCAAUAAUUACUCCUGAUGGCGCUCAGGGGACCACCUGAGAUGCCAGGGAUUGCUGGGUUGGUCACAUGCAAGGGCUAAGCCCUACCCACUAUACUGUCCACUGGCCCCCCCAACUGUUUGUUUUUAAUGAUAAAUUAUACGAUAUUUUACAGACAAGUAUAUACGAUUCUUAUUUCUUGUUUCUAACACUAUGCUUAGAAUAUAAUGGAGGCAGUAGUCUAAACAGGGCCAGGAAAAAGAAAUGUGACUAAGAUCUACCUUCUUUCAUCAGAGUCCUCAGAACUUCGUGUGAAGGAGCAAACAAGAGGGGAAAGCAAGUCUUCUUCCUGCCAUGGGAAAUGUGACAAGCAAACAACCUGAGAGAAGCCACACCGGAAUCCUCAAGCCUAGUCACGCUUGUUCCUGGGGGGGAAAGGAAGUGUUUCAAGAGGGCAGAGGAGAAAGGAGGUGUCCCUGGGAAGGACAAGAGAAACGGGAGGGUGUGCUACUGACCUGCCAACUGCACAGGGCCCACUUCCGGGAACUGCGGGAUGCAAGGGGGCAGCCAUUACUGGCAGCUCUUCUAAUGGGGGAGGGCCAUCGAAACCACAUGGGCCCCAUGGACCCCUCCAGCUGGGCCCUGCCUUAGCUCCAUCCUCUGGAAAUGCCUAGAGAGCCAGAGCUAUCUCCCCCCACCCACUUGCACAAAAACUGCAGUGGAAUCAUGGGGAAUGGCUUGGAGUUGAAUGCAAUUAAUUUCUCUGCAACACUUUGAGAUUUUGCUGGGAGUCGGGUGGGUAACUCAUUGCUUGCCCCCAACAAUGACUCCUGUGUCAUUUUCUCUAGAAAUGGCUGCCUGCCAAUCUGGAGUCGCUGCUGGUGGGGCUGGGGAGGCAGGCGGGGGGCACUUUCAGAUUAUAGCCAGGAUGUCUGGGUUCUGUCCCCAACUAAUUGCAAAUCAACCAGGAAACUGAAGGAAGGCACAGACUUUGCAGAAGAAUAAUAUGUGGAGUAAGGCUGGAUCAUACAAACCUCCAGGAAGUUCUCAGGCUGGGGGAAAGAAAUCUCGGUGUGGGCUGGAGAGAUAAUCCAGGGGCUAGGGCACUGCCAGGCAUCCGGCCACCCUAGAUUCAACCUCCCCCCCUUCCACCCCCGCACCACAAAGGGUGCCCUGAGCCCCUCCAGCAAUGAUCCCUGAGUGCAGAGCAGAGAGUAGACCCUGAGCACGGCUUGCUAUGUCUUGAACCGCACCCCCCCCCCGCCCCCAAACAAAAACAAGCAGCAGCAGCCUUGGUGGCAAAGAUGUCAAAUUAGCCACUGACCUUUGUGCUGGGCCGUGCUGUGGACCCCGCUGGGGAAACAACCUCUGCAAAACGCGCUAAUCUUGAGUUGAGAAACCGUUGGACCCUGAAGGCCACGAAGAGGCUGAAACUUGAAUUAGAAAACUGAAAGAAGAGCUACAGUCACGGACCUGGAGAGCUUGUGCUGUGGAGGAGGGUCCCGGUCGGGUGAGGGGAAGAGGGAACUUCGUCCAGAGCAAGAUCCCCGGGCUCCUGAGGGGAAGAAAUGAACUGACUCAAGGGCCUACAGAAAACUAUUGAAUUUUUUCUCUGUCCUUUAAAUUCAAAGUCUUACCAGAUUUGGUGUUUGAAUAUUGUAUAACUGAGACAUAAACCUGAAAACUUUGUAACUUUCCACAUGGUGAUAAAA